CACAAUAACCUCAGCCCUUUCCUGCAGGUGAAGUACAAGGCAGACCUGAAGAAGCUGCACAAACCCGUCACGGACAUGAAGGAGUCUCUGCUCAUGAACCACGUGCUGAGCACGAGCCAGCUCGCCAGUGCUUACCAGUACAAGAAGCAGUAUGAGAAGAGUAAGGGUCACUACCAUGUGGUGCCAGAUAAUCUUGAACAGGUUCACCUCAGGGAAGCCUCAGAACUGCAGAGCCACGUGAAAUACAGAGAAAAAUAUGAGAAGGAAAAAGGAAAGCCCAUGUUGGACUUUGAAACUCCCACAUACCUGACUGCAAAGGAGUCUCAGCUCAUGCAGAGCGAGAAAGAAUAUAAGAAGGACUUUGAAGAGUCCAUGAAGGGCAGGAACCUCACUGGCCUGGAGGUCACACCAUCCCUCUUGCAUGUCAAAUACGCCACCAAAAUAGCGAGCGAGAAAGAGUACAGGAAGGAUCUGGAGGAAGGAGUGAAAGGGAAAGGACUGACAGCCUUAGAGGAGACUCCAGACAUGCUGAGAGCCAAGAAUGCCACUCAAAUCCUGAACGAGAAGGAGUACAAGAAGGCCCUGGAGCUGGAGAUCCGUGGCAAGGGGCUGAGCGAGCUGGCGCUGGAGACGCCGGAUUUCGUGCGGGCCAAGAACGCCACCGACAUCGCCAGCCAGAUCAAAUACAAACAAUUGGCAGAAAUGGAGAAAGCCAACUACACCAGUGUUGUUGAUACUCCAGAGAUUAUUCAUGCCCAGCAGGUCAAGAACCUUUCCAGCCAGAAAAAAUACAAAGAAGAUGCAGAGAAGAGCAUGCCCUACUAUGUGCCUGUGGCUGACACACCAGAAAUGCAGAGGGUCCGAGAGAAUCAGAAGAACUUUAGCAUGCUUCAGUAUCAGUCAGACCUGCAGAGCAGUAAAGGAAAAGUCACAGUGGUUCAGGACACCCCAGAAAUCCUGAGGGUGAAGGAAAAUCAGAAGAAUUUCAGCUCGAUUUUGUAUAAAGAAGAUAUUGGAACUGGAACCACAAUUGAAAAGACCCCAGAGAUGCAGAGAGUUAAACGAACCCAGGAUAAUAUCAGCUCGGUGAAGUACAAGGAGAGCAUUGGCAAAGGAACUCCCAUUCCUGACCUGCCGGAGGUGAAGCGAGUCAAGGAGACCCAGAAGCACAUCAGCUCGGUGUUGUACAAGGAGGAGCUGGGCACAGGCACCCCCACGCCCGUGACCCCAGAAAUGGAGCGAGUCAAACGCACCCAGGAGCACAUUAGCUCGGUGUUGUACAAGGAGGGGCUGGGGGUUGGCACCCCAGUUCCUGUCACUCCUGACAUGGAGAGGGUCAAACGCAACCAGGAGAAUUUUAGCUCGGUGUUGUACAAGGAGGAGCUGGGGACAGGAACCCCCACCCCUGUCACCCCCGAGAUUGAGAGGGUCAAACGCAACCAAGAACACAUUAGCUCGGUUUUGUACAAGGAAAACAUAGGGAAAGCCACCCCCACCCCCGUCACUCCCGAGAUGGAGAGAGUCAAACGCAAUCAGGAGAUCAUUAGCUCGGUUUUGUACAAGGAAAAUGUGGGGAAGGUGACCCCGACCCCCAUCACCCCCGAGAUGGAGCGAGUCAAACGCAAUCAAGAGAUCAUUAGCUCGGUUGCAUACAGGGAAGGUUUAGGGAAGGCCACUCCCAGCCCGGUCACCCCGGAGAUGGAGAGAGUCAAGCGGAACCAGGAACAAAUCAGCUCGGUGCUGUACAAGGAGCACAUGGCCAAGGGAACUCCGACCCCGCUCACCCCGGAGAUGGAGAGAGCCAAACGCAACCAGGAGAACAUCAGCUCGGUUCUUUACUCCGACAGUUUCCGCAAGCAGGUGCAAGGAAAAGCCGCCUACGUGCUGGACACCCCGGAGAUGCGGCGUGUGAGGGAGACCCAGAAACACAUCUCCACUGUGAAGUACCACGAGGACUUCGAGAAGAGCAAAGGGAGCUUCACGCCCGUGGUGACCGACCCCAUCACGGAGCGCGUGAAGAAGAACACGCAGGACUUCAGUGACAUCAGCUACAGGGGCAUCCAGAGGAGGGUGGUGCAGAUGGAGAGGAAACGUGUGGACCAGGACCAGGAGAACCUCACAGGGCUCCGGGUGUGGAGAACCAACCCCGGCUCUGUCUUCGACUACGACCCCGCCGAGGACAACAUCCAAUCCCGGAGCCUGCACCUGAUCUCAGUGCAGGCACAGCGCCGUAGCCGGGAGCAUUCCCGCUCCGCCAGCGCCCUGAGCAUCAGCGGCGCGGCCGAUGAGAAAUCCGAGCCCUCGGAGGGCACCGAGCAGCGCCUGUCCUACUACAGCAACGGGGGCUUCUUCACCGCCACUGCCACAGUGGGGUACAAGCAGGUGAAGACCAUCGAGCUGCCGCAGCAGCGCUCGUCCUCGGUGGCCACCCAGCAAACCACGCUGUCCUCGGUGCCUUCGCAGCCCUCCACUGCUGGGAAGACGUUCCGGGCCAUGUACGAUUACACGGCGGCGGAUGCUGACGAGGUGUCCUUCAAGGACGGGGACACCAUUGUCAACGUGCAGGCCAUCGACGAGGGCUGGAUGUACGGCACCGUGCAGAGAACCGGCAAGACCGGCAUGCUGCCCGCCAACUACGUGGAGGCCGUGUGA